CCAGGGCCGCCGCCGCGGCUGCUCUCCGUAAGAUGGGGACAGGCACGGUGUCCCCAAGCAGCCCCGUGUCCCCAGACGCCUCGGGGCAGCCCCAGACGUGCCCCACGAAGGGCUGAGUGGGGCAAGGGAGCGGGACCCCGAGAGAUGCCCCGUCCCUGAAAGUGCAGGGGGAUGUCCCCAGCUGAGUGGCGGGGAUGCAGGAUGCACCCUGGCAGCGGGACCUGGCGCACGAGGACCUCGGGGACGUGCCCAUUGCUGUUAGCCGACGGCACCGGGUGGCCAUGUGGCAUGUCCCCUGCCACCGCCACGGCGGGGACAGCCUGGAGGCCAGGGGUGCCGGGGAAGGAGGAGGGAAGGAUCCGUGUCACCUGCACCCGAGGGAUGGGGAUCGGGGUCCCUAUUUCAGCCUGGGGGACCUGCCCCAGCUUCCAACUGGCCUGGGCUAACUGGGACAGGAGAGCACCGGCUCUCGGACCUCCCAGGCUGGACACGGGGACGUAGGGGAGAUGGUGGCCAUCGUGGCAGGAUGCCAGACCCAGCGCAGCCCCGUGGUCCCCGCUUCCUCCCUCUCCCCCGCUUUCUUCUCGGGGCACAGCUCAGAGCAAGAGCGAGGGGGGUAAAAAUAGUGCAAGCAGCAACCACUCGCCCUGGCCCCGGCGGGGAGAGGCCACGCACAGCUCACCACACCACCUCCAGCACCGGCACAUCCCAAAAUAGCUGGGGCUGGGGUCACACAGCCGCCCUGCUCCCACAGCGAGGGACCUUCUUGGCUCCUUCGAGGCAGAACAGCCUUUGCCCACCUCCAGCCCCCUCCGCAGCCCCCCAGGUGCAGGGACGGGGCUCUGGGGGCUCCCCAGGACCCCCUGUUUCGGGGCUGGCUCCGCAGCUAGAGCUGGGGGACGCCUGUAGCCAAGACUUCGGGGACUCGCUCACCGCUUCGCCCUCCACACCGGAGCCCGGCGGCUCUCUCCUCCCUUCGCUCCUUCCUCUCCAUCACCCCAUCCGCCAGCGCUCAUCACCAUCGCGGGGGGGAAGAGGCUGCAGCCCGGGGCCAGGAGCAGCCGCGGGGUCACCCACCGGUCAGCCGGGAGCACCCCGAGCCCCCCGGGACCCACGGGGGGAGGACGGGGGCUCCGGCCGCCGGCGGCCGCUGCCCGCAGCCCAGCACCUCUUCCCCGAGCGCCACCUCACCAUCAUGCUUUUUUCCUCUUGUUUCUUCUCUUGCAGGUUUCACAUGGGGAACCUUCUUAAAGUGUUGACUUAUAACGAACUUGACCAAGGCCCUAAUUUUUUCCUUGACUUUGAAAAUGCGCAGCCGACGGAGGCCGAGACGGCGGUGUGGAACCAGGUGAACGCCGUGCUGGAGGAGGCACAGGCCGUCCUGGCCGAGCUGCAGUCAUACACGGGCGCUGGGCAGGAGAUCCGAGAGGCCAUCCAAAACCCCGGGGACCUGCGGCUGCAGGAGAGGGCCUGGAGCGCCGUUUGCCCCCUCGUCGCCAAGCUGAAACGCUUCUACGAGUUCUCCCUGCGGCUGGAAAACGCCCUGCGGAGCCUGCUGGAGGCCCUCACCAGCCCCCCCUACGCCCCGACCCAGCACCUCGAGAGGGAGCAAGCCUUGGCCAAGCAGUUCGCUGAGAUCCUCCACUUCACCCUCAGCUUCGACGAGCUCAAGAUGACCAACCCUGCCAUCCAGAAUGACUUCAGCUACUACAGAAGGACCAUCAGCCGAAAUCGCAUUAAUAACCUGCAGCUGGACGCGGAGAGCGAGGUGAACAACGAGAUGGCCAACAGGAUGUCCCUCUUUUACGCCGAGGCCACCCCCAUGCUCAAAACACUCAGCAAUGCCACCACCAAGUUCGUUUCAGAGAACAAAACCCUCCCCAUCGAGGACACGACCGACUGCCUGAGCACCAUGGCCUGCGUCUGCAGGGUGAUGCUGGAGACCCCGGAGUACCGGAGCCGCUUCACCAACACCGAGACCCUCCUCUUCUGCAUGAGGGUGAUGGUUGGCGUCAUCAUCCUCUACGACCACGUCCACCCCGUGGGGGCCUUCGCAAAGACCUCCAAAAUCGACAUGAAAGGCUGCAUCAAAGUCUUGAAAGACCAACCCUCAACCAGCACCGAGGGGCUCCUGAACGCUCUGAGGUACACCACUCGACACCUCAACGAUGACACCACGUCCAAACAGAUCCGGGCCCUGCUGCAGUGAGCGCGGGGCGGCCGCCGGAGCUGGCCCCGACCCCGCGCACGUCACCGUGUCACCUACGCCCAUGACCAUACCGCUCAUUUUGUACAGAGGGAGAAGGGACAAUAACAAAUACACAGAAACACACACACACACAAAAAUCCAAAUGGCCUGAGGCUGCCCCAGUAUGCGCUCCUGCCCCCCCCUUCCCACCCCCCCCCCCAAAUUAACACCCACUUCUGCACACAAGGUGCGGGUGGCACCAUGGGGACACCGCGCUGGGGGUGCUGGGGCCAGGCAGGAUGGACCCAAUCAGGGCUGCACCAAUGGGGCUGGUGGCAGCAAGCACCCGCAGCACGGGGGCUCCUUGGGGAGGGGGGAAAGGGACACGUGUCACCCCCAUCCCCAUCCUCGUCCCCGAGCAUUCGGCUGCGGAGGAGGAGGAAUAAACAUCCCUACAGAUCUGCACUGACUCUGGUGGAAAUGGAUCAGUCUCACCUGGUAGAUUUUUAAUAUGAGUAAUUAUAUCUCCACUCACCUCUUCUUUUCUACAUUUUUUUUUGGGUGUGAAAUAAAAUGACAUUUAAUCUGUU